GAGCUUUUCCCUUGGUUUAUUAUGAAACGUUGAUGACAUAAUCUAUUGACAUAUUUCCCGAUUCGUCAUGUGGUGUGUACCGUAUCUCAGAUCUCUAUUUACUAGUUCAACCUUCAAAAACUCAUCUCAUCUGAAAUACAAAGAAAGUUAUAUCAUAUUUUAAGGGUUUCAAUAGAGCUAAACACGUCCUCGUCAAUAAGAAAACCAGUGUGAACAAGGUUAUGUCAGUUCCCCAGCCGCCUUUUAGGGUUAGAACAAUUUAUUCCUGGAGUGGUGUUGAAGAAGAUGAUCUUGGUUUCAUUGAAGGUGAUAUAAUAGAAGUUGAUAGUUUAGGUGAUGGUAAUUGGUGGCAUGGAAGGCUGAAGAGAAACAAAAUGACUGGAAGUUUUCCUUCAAACUAUGUUGAACUGAUCAAGACAGAUUUGAAGAACUUCAGUCCAUCGAUUAGAGCAAAGAAUAGCAGUCAAGAGAGUUCACCAAUUAGAGAAGUUCAAGCUAGUGUGCGUCAAACUCCUACUACUUCAAGAAUUGCCUCACCAUACUCAAGUCCAAGCGCAAAAGCAUCAGUCCUGUCUCAGAGAGCUUCAAGACAUCCAUAUAUUGCAUCGUAUCCUGAGAAUGAAGAAGUUGAUGAUCUUCAAUUCAGUUUCCAAUCUUCUAGAAAUUAUUACACACCUUCACAAAACACGUCAAACACGUAUAACCCACAGAGUCCUUAUCCUACUGAGCAAACUCACCUUUCAUCACAAAGAUCCUCACAACAACACCUGCCCCAUUCAUAUUCGGUUCCAGUUAGGUUAGAACAACAACAGGGUUAUGUCGAUAAGAUUAAUCCUCAUACUCUUCAAUCACCAAUUCAUAAUUCAUCAAGCACAACAAGACUACAGAUGUAUGCCUCACCUCCUCCUCCAUUACCACAGCAUUCAGUUCCAGUGAAAUCACAGUCUAGUCAAAACCUCAAAUCGUUUGACCCAUUUGCCCCAGGAAAUCCAUACAGUAAGAAUGAUUAUUCCAGCAGAAAGUCAGCACUCUUAAAACAAGCAGCUCAUAAGAACAUGAGGGAUUCACAAUCAACCGAUUUUGUUGCUCCAUAUGAUCCAGAUAGUUUAAAUCAAUCACGUUCCUCAACUUCACAAUCAUCAAAUGUUUUCAGUUAUUCGAAUGGUUCAUAUUUCACAAAUUCAUCAAACUCACACAAUAGUUCAUAUGCAUUGAGUGAUUUCAGUGCAACUAGUGCUGGUAGUUUUGCCAGACAUAGAUAUGAAGAACAAUUGAAACAAAAAGAAAACCUUCAGUCCAGUGGAUCUGGUAGUCAUUUGUUGGUUGAAGAUAGAAAAUUGAAAAAACCAAGUGGAAUCUUCAAAAAAAUGUUCUCUGCAAAAGAUGUUCCACCUUUGCCAUCUGUUGAAAAUUUGACUUCAAAAGUUGAUGGUAUGAAUAUGGAAGAUAAAGAAAUCAAUUCAUGGAUAGAAUUAAAAGUUGAUUUGAACAGAGCAAAUUCUUUGGGCUCCAAAGAACGUCAGUUGAGAGAAAAACGAGUGAGAGAAAAUGAAGGUUAUAUCAUUUUUGAACCACAUAAACAAUUAUCUAAUAUCAAUAAUAAUGAAGUCUAUCAAACUGAACAAAAAUUUGACCUACAUGCCUUUAAUUUGAAACAUGUUGAUAACUAUGUUAGAAACUUGCAGAUCAAACAAACUGUUCUUUCACCAGAAGCAUUCAUCACAAAUGAGCUAGGUUUGAAAUACACUAGUAAAUUGGAGUAUUUAAGAGCUCUAUUCAUUUUUUGUACAGAACAUUUUACCAUUAUUGAUAGUGCAUAUUCAAAUGAAGAGUACAUUCCAAAUGUUGAGUUGAUUUUCAAACAGAGAGGUGCGGAUACUUAUGGUAUGGCUUUUCUAUUCAAGUGCUUAGCAGAUUCAAUGGGCUUAAACUGUGAUAUCAUAGUUGGUUCUUUAAAAACUCCACAAUCUAUCGUGAAACACUAUUGGAAUGCUAUUGUUAUAAAUGGUGAAUGGAGGUUUAUUGAUGUGUCAUUGGGUAACUUGACAAAUCCAGUUUACGAAAUUUUAGCAAAUCAACCAGAUGAACCUAAUGAAUCAUUUUAUUUCUUGACAGAGCCAUUGGAUCUAAUUUAUACUCAAAUUCCAGAUAGAUUUGAAGAUCAGCACAUUGUUCCACCAAUUGAUCAAAUGGUAGCGUUAGCAUUACCACCUUGCUUCCCUUCAUUUUUCAAAAAUGGUUUAAAGAUUCAAAAGUUCAGUAAUGCGUUGACAAGAUUAAAAGAUUUUGAGAUUUUUGAAAUUGAUCUAAAGAUUCCGAAAGAUAUUGAAAUUAAUGCAGUGGUUCAAACAAAAACUUCGCUCACAAACACUCUUGCACAAGUUUAUUGGAAGCAUAAUGAAAGAUAUUGUAAGAUCAAAGGGCACCUACCUGAAAACAACCCAACUGGUUUCAUCAACAUUUAUUCAGGUUUAAAAGGUACUCAAAAAUCAAUUCAAAACAUCCAUCCUUUAUCUAUGGUUAUCCCAGUGGUACAUGAAGGUGAGUAUAGGCCACUAGACUUUGUGAUUAGAUAUCCAACAGUUCCAGCACAGCUGAAUGAUUUAUACAUUAAACAACCACAAAAUAGAAACCUAUCCUGCAGGGGUGAAUAUGUCUUUAGUGUUUCACAGUAUCCAUCCAAUGGAUUAGCAAGUCCACCAGCAAGAACCAAAAUAGCACUUCAAUCCCCAUCAGGAAAGAUAACAAGAUUCAUCAAAAAAGAUCAAAGCACACCAUUUGGUUUAUGGGAGCUACCUGUGAAAUGUAAUGAAAUUGGAACCUGGAGAGGUUUGGUUUCUGUUGAUAAUGGAACUAGUCUUUGCGUUUUUGCUGAAUGGUCAUGCCAUUAAUCAUUAGAACAUAAAACAACAACA